CAGAGGCGAAGUUACGCAUUUUGGCCACACAGGCCACUUCACCAGACCAAGUCUCGCACUCGUUUGCUUUUAGCAUUGCCUUUGUCGCAGAGAAUCGUCGCAUCCGCCGCCGAAAUGUCUUGGAGGAAUCAGGGAAUCACAGGCUCGAACAACAUCCCGCUCGGGAAGGCGCGGCAUUUUGGCGCUGGCGAGGAAGAUGGCAUCAUCGAAGAACGCGACCUUAAGCGUGGCCGCGAUCCUGAACCUCGCAGCGAAGCCGACGGCCCUCGUCGUCGAAAGAAGCGCAAUCGAUGGGGCGACGCGUCGGAGAACAAGGCUGCCGGCCUUAUGGGGCUGCCUACAGCCAUUCUCUCAUCCAUGACGAGCGAGCAGCUUGAGGCCUACACUCUGCAUCUUCGGAUUGAGGAGAUCAGCCAGAAGCUUCGCAUCGACGACGUCGUCCCCGCAGAUGGUGAUCGAUCCCCAUCACCACCUCCCCAGUACGACAACCAUGGUCGACGUAUCAACACUCGAGAAUACCGCUAUCGCAAACGUCUCGAGGACGAACGCCACAAGCUGGUCGAAAGGGCCAUGAAAACUAUUCCUAACUACCACCCGCCCCAGGACUACCGCAGGCCUACAAAAACCCAGGAGAAAGUCUACGUGCCUGUUAACGACUACCCGGAGAUUAACUUCAUUGGUUUACUCAUCGGACCCCGUGGUAACACACUAAAGAAGAUGGAGAAUGACUCUGGUGCCAAGAUUGCUAUUCGUGGCAAGGGCUCCGUGAAAGAGGGCAAAGGUCGCUCUGAUGCAGCUCACUCCAGUAACCAGGAGGAAGAUCUUCACUGUUUGAUCAUGGCAGAUACCGAAGAAAAAGUCAACAAGGCGAAGCAGCUCAUCCACAACGUCAUUGAAACUGCAGCUUCGAUCCCCGAAGGUCAAAACGAGCUCAAGCGUAACCAGCUUCGAGAGCUUGCGGCGCUCAACGGAACCCUUCGAGACGAUGAAAACCAGGCUUGUCAAAACUGUGCAACUCAUGCAGGAACUUGGCGGCGGCUCAGGAGCUGCCCCUGCGCAAAUCGAAGCCGGCCCAAGCAGCAACAACUACAACGGGAACAGCGAAGCGAAGCCAUGGCAGAGAGGACCAACCGGUGGACCUGCACCCUGGAGAUCCCGCAACCAGGAUUCUAACGAAGGAGGCAGUGGGGGACCGGCACCUUGGGCUCGUGAUCGCAAUCGCGGCCAUGAUCACAGCAACGGCAACGGCCAUAGCAACAGCCAUGGUGGUGACAACAACUACUAUGGACACAACAACUACGAAUCGUCUUCCUCGGGAGGAGGAGGAGGAGGAGGAGGAGCCCCUUGGCAUCACCAGGCUCAACACGGAGCCUCACACAACCAAGCUCCUGGAAUGGGUGGGUAUCCCAACUACGCUGCGUAUGGCGCAUACGGCGCU